AUGUUUGGCAUGUUAAUUGCGGCGGGGGUCACUGGUGACCCCCGUGACGCUGGAAUACGAUUUCGCGCAAUCUUAGCCCAUAAAGUUAUGAUUUCAAAUGAAGAUUCUGCGUCAAGCAAUUCAACUGAUAAUAUAUUUUUACCAAAUCCUUCCAAACGAUGCCGAGUGUUGUCAGAUAGUGAGGAAAGUUCCUCGAGCAGUUUGUCAGAUAUGAUAAUACCAUAUUUAGUACAUCGCCGUCGAAUUGAAUCAUAUAGUGAAAGCGAAUUUGAAGAUGACGGUAAUAAUGACGAAAAUAAUACACAAGAAGAGGUACGUGAUAUAAAUUCGCAUAUAUCUUCAUAUAAUCAACCAAAGAUUAUAUUUUCUAAUUCAUCGGGGAUCAAUACACAUCAUUUUAAAAUUUUUGAAUUUACUGAACCGCAUAUAUCAGAACAGCGAUUACGUCGUCUUGAUAGAUGGAUUGAAACAAAUCCGAAUGAAAUAAGAUUUUUUGGCUUAAUUAUAUGGAUGGGAUUAGUGCGAUUACCCAAAAUUCACCUGUAUUGUAGUAGAAAUGAAGAAUAUUACCAGACAUUCCCAAGUACAGUGAUGCCGAGAAAUCGAUUUGAAUUACUUUUACGGUUCAUUCAUUUUAGUAACAAUGAAGAAAACGAUCCUAGUAAUAGAUUAUCCAAAAUUAUUCACAUUAUCGACAUAUUAAAUAGAAGUUUUAAAGAAUAUUACAAUCCAGAUGAAAUAUUAUGCGUAGACGAAUCAUUGGUCUCCUUCCAAGGCCGCAUAAUAUUUUGA